AUGAGGGUCUACAGUUGUCAUUUCUGCUCAUCGCCAUGCUAUCCAGGCCACGGUAUCAUGUUUGUGCGUAACGACGCAAAGGAGUUCCGCUUCUGCCGGUCCAAGUGUCACAAGAACUUCAAGCAGCGCCGUAACCCAAGAAAGCUGCGGUGGACCAAGGCGUUCCGUAAGGCCGCGGGCAAGGAGCUGGCGGUUGACAGCACGCUGGCGUUCGCUCAGCGCCGUAACGUGCCCGUUAGGUACAAUAGGGAGCUGGUUGCCACGACUCUGCGGGCGAUGGCUCGGGUCGAGGAGAUCCGCCAGAAGCGUGAGCGUGCGUUCUACAAGAACCGUAUGCGUGGAAACAAGGAGCGCGAGUUCCUGCGGGACCGCCAGCUGGUGGAGAAGAACCCCGAGCUGUUGAACAUGCGCGAUGUGGAGCUGUUGCGCACGGCGGAGCGCGCGGAGCGCGUAGAGGCCGCGAGCGACGCGGAAAGCGAGGAGAUGGACGUGGACAGCGAGUCCGAGCACGAGAGCGAGGACGAGAGCGAGGCCGAGGCCCAAAAGCAGAAGGUCGUGCUCACAAACAAGCGCAAGGUUGGAAAGAAAAUUGCCUUCUAA